AUGGAAGACCCUACCGAAAUAAGCCUUGGAGUCUUCUUCCGGGGCUUCAAUGCAGCCAAAUUUAUUCUCUACGGCUGUAUGCUGUCAUUCGUCGCGCUGUUGGCCCUGCAACUCGACAACUACAUCGACCUCAACUAUGGCUUCAUCUUCUUACCGCUUUGGGCCUGCACGGCGGCCGUGGUGUUGGCGGCGAUGCUCGGCUGCGUAUCCUACUUCAUUCGCCCUCCCACCCAGAAUGAGAUAGCGCUGCGGGUUGAUUUCACGGCAAUGAUACUCACCACCAUUGAGCACCUGAUCUUGACGGCGUUCGAAGUGCUCGUCUAUUUCAAAGUCCAAUAUGCCAUGGAAGACGUCUACUUUUCCUGGAUUUUUGUGUUCAUGCCGAUCUUCCUGUUGUCGAUCGUUGCAAUACUGGUCUCGAUUUGGGCGAUUCGCCAUGACAAGCCAUUUGAGCUCGAGCUCUUCUUUUCAAUCAACGUUGUGCAGUUUGUGUUUAUUGCUUUUAAGCUGGACCACCAGCUCGACUGGUCGUGGGCAGUGGUCUUCAUUCCUCUAUGGGUAGUCUUAUCCUUGUCUGUCGUCGGGGUAUUGUAUGCUUUAAUAUUAGCUGUUCUGUUGGCUCGUUCGCGGCAUUUGAUGCCAGCUCACAGACGGCACCAUCUCUACUCGGCAGUAUUUCACACAUUACUUGUUCUUCCAGCGCUUGUGUGUCUCGUUCUUCUUACUGGAAAAUUGGAAACUAUGCACCAGAGCGAAGAAAUUCCUUACACUGUCGUGCUGACACCACUCGCCGUGUCGCUCUUCUGCAUGAUGCUGAUGGCAUGUGGCAGUCGUGGAGGCAACGUCUGGUGGUGCGGGCUUCGCGCGCCGGUAUGCUCUUGGCUGCUGGCUGUUUGCCCAUGCUUGAGGGAGUACGCGAAUGUCAGCUACAGAAUAGGUGCCCGACGACCCUCCAGCGACGGCGGCGACCCACCCCCGCUGAUCUCGGCCGAAGAGCCCGACCGCAAUAAUGUGCGCUACGUGGUGGCCGUCAAGACACUCGAUCUCGAGAAUCCCGAC